CGCGUGUCAACAGCAACUGCAACCCUUCCCAGGCAGGAAGACCCGACGCGACGUGCUCCACGGCAAGUGCAACUCAGACAACUUGCUCACUCAGACAACUGCGCACCUUGAUGAGCACGUUUCGCCGAUUCGCCAUUUUCAUCCCGUCCGAACCCUAAAACGUGCAGCAGACGGCCCACCGAAGAGGGAAGCGCCAAAAUGGUCAACUUCAGCAAUCUCCUCCAGUAUCUCGCCCUGCAGUCACCGCUACACUCGAGCGACACCACCGACCCCAACAACACCACUCUCAAUCUCGCCAAGAUGGGUCUCACCGCCUACACCCUGCCGGCCUUGCCGUACUCUUACGAUGCGCUCGAGCCGCACAUCUCGGCCCAGAUCAUGGAGCUGCACCACAGCAAGCACCACCAGGCUUACGUGACCAACCUCAACAAGGCCCUCGAGUCGCACGUCGCCGCCGUCGCAUCGGACGACGUGGCUGGCCAGAUCGCCCUCCAGCAGGUCAUCAAGUUUAACGGCGGUGGUCACAUCAAUCACUCGCUGUUCUGGAAGAACUUGGCGCCUGCGGGGAGCGAUGAGGCGAACCUAAACCAGGCCGGCGGUUUGGUGGCCGAGAUUGAGAAGACGUGGGGGAGCUUUGACGCUUUCAAGAAGGCAUUCUCCGCGGCGCUGCUGGGGCUUCAGGGAAGUGGCUGGGGCUGGCUGGUCAAGGAAGCUGGGAACGGAGCCGGCCUGCGCAUCGUCACCACCAAAGACCAAGACCCUGUCGUUGGCGGGGAUGUGGCGAUCUUCGGGGUCGACAUGUGGGAGCAUGCCUACUACCUUCAGUAUCUGAACGGGAAGGCUGCGUACGUUGAGAACAUCUGGAAUGUUAUCAACUGGAAGACCGCCCAGGACCGUUUCGCGGGGAGGUCUGAGGAGAAGACCGAACUUUAAAACAUGACGGGUUUCGCGUGUUUGAAUAGCUAAAUUCUAAUUUCUUUACUUGCCGGUUCA